UUUUCAUCAUGUAGAAACAGUCGGAGUCUUCUUCAUCUUCAAACUUUGCAGCAGCAUGUCUCCUGCUCUGCUCUGACCGAAAACACCGCUGACGCAUCCGGAUAUCAGAGCACGUAAUCAGGAUGAAAACGCAGGAGCUGAAAAUGGCGACUGCAGACUUCCUCUUCUUCCUGUUUUGGAUCUUCACAGCCUUCGAUGCUGCUCUUGGAUGCCCUGAGUUCUGUACCUGCACGGAUAAAUACAACCGCCACUUUGCUGAUUGUUCCUACAAAAGACUGACUCAAGUCCCAGACGGUUUGCCUCCUAAUGUAUCCACUUUGAGUCUUUCGACCAACAAGAUCAGCUUGAUACCACUGGGGAGCUUCGAUAGUGUCACUCUAGUAACGUCGCUGUGGAUGGCCCACAAUGAGAUAGUCACCAUCAAACAGGGAGCCCUCACGCCUCUGGUUCAUCUGCGUAACUUUGAUAUCAGCAACAACAAGAUUGUAGACUUUCCUUGGGAGGAUCUGCAGAACCUCACCAGCCUGCAGCUGCUGAAGAUGAACAACAACGAGAUGUUCCACCUACCGAGGGAUGCUUUCUCCAACCUUAAAGACCUGAGAUCCCUCCGACUCAACGACAACAGAUUCACAACCAUAGUUGAAGGGACAUUUGAUGGUUUGGUGUUUUUGUCCCAUUUGCAGAUCUAUAAAAAUCCAUAUUCAUGCACUUGCUCCCUCGACUGGCUCAGAGACUGGAUUGCAACCACCGUGGUCGCAGUCUCAGAUCAGAAUUUGAUCAUUUGUGCAUCUCCAGAAAAACUUAAAGGGGUGCCGAUUGAAAAACUCCCUGAGUCAAAGUGCACCAGCCCAAAAGUUGCAAUACAAACCACGCCAAAUAUGCGAAACACAGCUUUCCAAGAGGGCAGUUCUUUGGUCUUGACUUGUGAAUUCACAGGAAACCCAAAACCGUUGGUGAUUUGGAGCAUUCUCAGCAAGAGCCAGAAGCAACAAGUGGCUCUGUCGUUCACAGAGGAUGACUCAGCAGAGGCAGCGGAGGACUCCUUACUCCCUAAUAAUCCAGUUAAAAUCUUCAAUAAUGGAACUCUUUUGAUUUCAAACCUCAGGAGGAAAGACAGCGGCAACUACAGCUGCUCUGCCACGAAUGAAUUUGGAAGAGCCGAAGAUUCGGUGUCACUGGACGUUGUUGAUUCACCUAAACCAGCAUCUACAAAACAAACUACUACAACAAUUACCUACACAAAAACCCCACCAUUUCUGCACAAGACAACAGGCAAAGUGUCCGUUUUUGAUUCUGUAAGUCUUCCAGAUUUAGAGAGUGAAGACUUCAUUGACAUUGUGCCGACUUUGGAGCCAACCGUGGAGAUCCGUUCAUCUGAAGAGGCAAUGAAAAACCCAUCCCAUGCUAGCAAAUGUGGCUUGACUGCUAACACAAGAUACAUUUCCAACCACGUCUUUAAUGGGAGCCUGGAAGACAUCAAGCAGUACACGUUUGACUUUGGCGUCAUUGCAUUAGGAGUAUCAGAAACAGAGGCAACAGUGCGACUCAAUCCCCUGCUCAUACCAAGAGGAAGAGUCACCAACCGCGAAGCUGCAGACGCCACAUCUGAAGGCUUUGACGAUGACAGCGAAGAGCACAACGGCCUUUCAGACUCUUCAGAAAAAGUCCAGUCGAAUGGUUUGUAUCUGUGCGUCACCGCCGACCGCAAACACUCAGCCGUGCAGUGGUCGAGAAUCAAAGAAGGUGUCAACACGUACGUCUUCAGCGAUUUGCGCCCUGGCACCAACUACUCUCUGUGUUUGACCUACCAAAGCGAGGACUGUGAAGUGCAGGUCCUCUUCACCACCAGGAGGAGGGUACCCAACCUGCUCAUCAUCAUCUCAGUCAGCAUUUGUCUCCUCACCGUGUCCACCGUGCCUCUCCUGGGUGCGACGUGCUUCCAUCUGGUUUAUAAAUACCGCAGCAAGACCUACAAGCUGAUCCUGAAGGCUAAAGACCAGUACCACAUGGAAAGGAACCUCACUGUGAAUUUCAACACCCACGGGCAUCACACCGACUCCCAGAGGAAGAUCAACGGCAGCCAGCUGGACGAGGAGGAGGGGGAGACGGAGACAGAGAGCGGCGAUGGAGAGAAAGAAGCCGAUACUGAGGAAAGUGUCGUGACUGAGUCGUUUACGUUGUCUCAGUGCCGGGGGAAUUUAGACAACUGUGAGGUAGGAUCUGAGUACAGCGACAGGCUGCCUUUAGGAGCAGAAGCAGUCAAUAUUGGAAGUAACUAAAAUAUCCAAAGUGUUUCUGAAGCUAUGUUUUGCAUUUGUCAUGUGAAAGCACUUAAAGGGAAUGAAAGGGUUCUUUUUUAAGUUAGUGCCAAUUAUUUCAGUUGCAUCAAGCUUGCAAAGGCAGCCCAGACAUGCUGCAUUGUUCCUCUGUCAUCCGUCAAGACCCAAAUGCUUUUUCUUGCUUUCAACCACUCCCUAAAGUGCAGCAUUAACUGACCAGAAGGAACGCUCUUUGGCAUCAGUGGAGGUUUUCUAGAGAAAUGCUCUCAGUGAAAGCUGAAUCAGGCAUCGUUUACGCCACAGUAGCCUUGUUACUCUUACUUUAAAUCAUUGGUAGUUUCAGGGUUUGUACUUCUCUCUUCAGUGUAGGAAGUUUUCUGUCAAUAAUGCAUGCACAUCUUUAAAAAAGCCAGCAUCUAGGAAAGAAGCUGGUUCCUCCAAGUCAAAAUGAAAAUGACUCAUGGCUGUUUUCAAAGGAUUGCAAUCAAAGUUUCCAACUCUUGUUUCAUUAAAAUGUCCCUGGUGAAGUUCUUACCAAGACUAUAAUCUUUUAUUUAUAAAUUGUAGAGUUGAGGCAGUUUGUCUGCAGUGAGAACACAGUUAAUCCAGCUUCAACAAAUAACCGGUUGUCUCUCAUCACACCCUUGUGGUAUUAAAGGGAGCAGUAGUAAUACAGCUACAGGGGAAUUUAUCCACAUUGACAAUCAAAUAUCAGCUCUCCCAUCAUCCAUCAUGGAGAUUUUAAUAAACUGUUCUUAAAAGUUUCUGAAGAGAAUCUGAAGAGAUGAUCCCUUUCUUUACGGCUGCAUGGUGGUGCAGUGGUUGGCACUGUAGCAAGAAGGUUCCUGGUUUGUUCAGGGCCUUUUUGUGUGGAGUUUGCAUACGUUGGUUCUCUCCAGAUACUCCGGCUUACUCCCACCACCAAAGACAUGCUCGUUAGGUUAAUUGGUGACUCUAAAUUGGCCAAAGGUGUGAGUGUGAGAGUGCCUGGUUGUUCUUCUCCUGAUGUCAGACGUGUGAUUGAAUGAGACCAGUCCCAGCUGGUAUUGGCCUCUCGCCCAGUGACAGCUGGGAUAGGCUCCAGUCCCCCUGUGACCCCAAACAGGAUAAGCAGUGUAGAACAUGGAUGGAGAUCUUCCAUUUGGUUUAUUAAGAAGUGAGUUACAGUAAUUAAACUUUGUAUUUUAGUCCCCAAUGCACAUUAACAAAGUAUAUAGCAAAAAAGAGAUAAGUAAGAGGCAGCAUACAGUGAUUAUAUAGAUGCAUAAUAUUUAACAGAAGACAGAGAUGACCCGAAUAAAUAUAAAAUACAGUUUCUAAAUGAUGAUUUUAUCUAUUAAGGAAAAAAAGCACCCAAACCUACCUGGCCCUCUGUGAAAACCUAAUAAAUGGUUGUUUGUGAUAACUGGAAAUGAGUCUUUAGCAUCACUGUGGAGGAAUUUUGACCCACUCUUCUUUGCAGAAGUGUUUUAAUUCAGCUACAUUAGAGGGUUUCCAGCAUGAACCACAUAAUAAAAGUCUGCCCCAAGAUUACUGGAGUAAAGCUGAAGGACCUGAGCUCUCUUUGGAAGGAACAGAUGGUCAAGAAAGCCAAAAGAAUAAUAGAUCAGCCAGGCCACUGUCUCUCCUCUGACUUUUCUCUAAUGCUUUCAGGGCGGCGCUAUGCCGCAUCCCCAAGGAAAAGUAACAGAUACUCAAACUCAUUUAUCCCUUCAGCUAUCAGGCUCCUAAACACUAAAAGCUGAAACUUACAUGUCGUUGGUGCUAUUUUGUUCUCAGAUGUGUGUUACUUCUUUAUGCAUUCUGGCAUUGUAUAUAAUGUGUAUAUUACUGGUGCUCCCAUGUUUUCUGCUAGUCUGUUGUAACUGACAUGUGAAUGUGAUUGUCUAAAUGCUGCAGUGACUGUUUCCCUGAUUUUGUUCCUCCAUUUGUGUGUGAUUUCUUCUGUCGAUAAGGCUUGGUAGACUAUGAAACUGAUUGCCCUUUAAUAAAGUUGUCUGAAUUUGAAUGAAAGGCCUGUUUAAAGUCACAGCACCGCAAUCAGAUUUAAGUCCAGACUUUGACUAGGCCACUCAAAAACCUUCAUUUAGUUUUUUAAGCCAUUCAGUGGUGGACUUGCUGGUGUGUUUCAGAUUUUUGUCCUGCUGCAUAACCUAAGUGUGUCUGAGUUGGUUCUUUUGAUGAAAUGCCAUGUUAGUUUUAAACCAGAUGUAACGAGACACACACCUUCCAAAAAGUUUAACUUUGGUCUUAGCAGUCCACAGAAUAUUUUCCCAAAAGUCUCGGCGAUCAUCGAGAUGUUUUUAGUCAAGCCUUUGGGUUCUUUUAGGUCAGCAGUGGUUUUGGAACUCCCAUGGUUAGCACAGUGUCUUUCUUAUUGUUGAGUCAUGAAC